CCCGUCCAUGUUUCGGACGCACUUUACUCCGGUACAUGUCGCAGCAUCUUCUGCCACACGCAGUCUGUAUUCUGUGUUACAACGAGAGGACAUCAGUCAAGCUUUACUAAAGUCUGGAAGCCUUUGAAAGUUUUCACCUCUUUGAGAGUUUGUACAAUGGGUAAAAAAGAUAAAGGCGACCGGGACAAGAAGUCCAAAAAGCGCUUCUAUGAGGAAGAAGAAGAUGAAGAGGAGGCAGGUGGCAGCGAGUCUCAGGAGGCCAUACCUGCUGCUGCGGGGAAAACGGUGGACGAGUCCACUACCAAGCUGGACGAGUAUGGAGCCAAAGACUAUCGGAUGCAGAUGAUGCUGAAGAAUGAUCACUCCUCACGCCCCCUCUGGGUGGCUCCAGAUGGACACAUCUUCCUGGAAGCUUUCUCACCAGUUUAUAAGUAUGCUCAGGAUUUCUUGGUGGCCAUUGCAGAGCCGGUGUGCAGACCUAACCACGUCCACGAGUACAAGUUGACGGCGUACUCCCUGUAUGCAGCUGUCAGCGUCGGGCUUCAGACCUCUGAUAUCGUGGAGUACCUGCAGAAACUCAGCAAGACGUCUGUACCUGAUGGAAUCAUACAGUUCAUCAAGCUCUGCACAGUGAGCUACGGCAAAGUCAAGCUGGUGCUGAAGCACAACAGGUACUUUGUUGAGAGUGCCUUCCCUGAUACAAUCCAGCGCCUCCUGCAGGAUAACGUGAUCCGUGAAUGUCGUCUCCGCACUGCAGACGGAGCGGACACAGAGCUCAUCACUGAAAUCAUCCACAGCAAGUCUGCGAUCUCCAAGUCUGUUCAGGACAAAGGAGGCCCUUCCACUACAGAGCAGCCUGCUGAUGGACAGGCCUCCACCCAGCAGGUCCCCGAGGACAUCUUCAGUUACUACGAGCAGAUGGAUAAAGAGGAAGAAGAGGAGGAAGAGACUCAGACUGUGUCUUUUGAGAUUCGCCAGGAGAUGAUCGAGGAGCUGCAGAAGCGAUGUAUUCAGAUGGAGUACCCCCUCCUGGCAGAGUACGACUUUCGCAACGACACAGUCAACCCAGACAUCAACAUAGACCUGAAGCCCACUGCUGUGCUGCGGCCCUACCAGGAGAAGAGCCUGCGCAAGAUGUUUGGGAACGGACGUGCUCGCUCGGGGGUCAUCGUGCUGCCCUGCGGAGCUGGAAAGUCUCUGGUCGGCGUGACGGCAGCGUGCACGGUGCGUAAGCGCUGCCUGGUGUUGGGUAACUCCUCGGUGUCCGUGGAGCAGUGGAAGGCUCAGUUCAAGAUGUGGUCCACCAUCGACGACUCUCAGAUCUGUCGCUUCACCUCAGACGCCAAAGACAAGCCCAUCGGCUGCUCGGUGGCCAUCAGCACCUACUCCAUGCUGGGUCACACCACCAAGCGCUCCUGGGAGGCUGAGCGGGUCAUGGAGUGGAUGAGGAGCCAGGAGUGGGGACUCAUCAUCCUGGAUGAGGUGCACACUAUCCCUGCCAAGAUGUUUCGUCGUGUCCUCACCAUCGUGCAGGCGCACUGUAAGAUGGGGCUCACCGCCACACUCGUCAGAGAGGAUGAUAAGAUUGUGGACUUAAACUUCCUCAUCGGACCGAAGCUGUUUGAGGCGAACUGGAUGGAGCUGCAGAACAACGGCUACAUUGCUAAAGUGCAGUGUGCAGAAGUGUGGUGCCCGAUGUCCCCCGAGUUCUACAGGGAGUACGUCGCCAUAAAGACAAAGAAGCGUAUCCUCUUCUACACCAUGAACCCCAACAAGUUCCGUGCGUGUCAGUUUCUGAUUCGCUUCCACGAGCGGCGCAACGACAAGAUCAUCGUCUUCGCUGACAACGUGUUCGCCCUGAAGGAAUACGCCAUCCGCCUCAACAAACCUUACAUCUACGGGCCGACCUCUCAGGGCGAGCGCAUGCAGAUUUUACAGAACUUCAAACACAACCCAAAGAUCAACACUAUCUUCAUCUCCAAGGUUGGAGACACCUCCUUUGACCUGCCAGAAGCCAACGUGCUGAUCCAGAUCUCCUCUCAUGGAGGAUCACGACGACAGGAGGCCCAGAGGCUCGGCAGAGUCUUACGAGCCAAGAAAGGUAUGGUCGCUGAGGAGUACAACGCUUACUUCUACUCACUGGUGUCGCAGGACACUCAGGAGAUGGCUUACUCCACCAAGAGGCAGAGGUUCCUGGUGGACCAGGGGUACAGCUUCAAGGUGAUCACAAAGUUAGCCGGGAUGGAGGAGGAGGAUUUGAUGUUUUCCUCCAGAGAUGACCAACAGCAGCUGCUCCAGAAGGUCCUGGCUGCAUCAGACCUGGAUGCUGAGGAGGAGGUGGUGGCAGGAGAGGUCGGGGGGCGUCCACAGUUCUCGAGGCGAACCGGCACCAUGAGCUCCAUGUCGGGCGCAGACGACACCAUCUACAUGGAGUACCAGAGUCGAGGAAGCAAAGCCUCUCUAGGAAAGGGCGUUCACCCUCUGUUCAAGCGCUUCAGGAAGUAGAAGCAGCGUCUGAGUCCUGAAACACUGACUCACCGGUUGGUGUGUGAUAACGUACAGUAAGGCAAAGCUCCAGGCUGCCAGCUGAAGGAUCACAAUGUGUUGAUGCCCUCUACGGUUUGAUUUAAUGUUCUGAGCUUCAGCUUCUCGAGCACUGAACUGUGAACGCACAGAUUCAGAUGAAAUAAGAUGCAGACUGAUGUCAGACUCUGUCUCCUGUCGUCUGGAGAAACUUUGAUUCAGAUGUGAUUUUUAAUUGCUGCGUUGUGAUACAAUAAUGAAACUGUGCAAUGCUCACAAGACAAAAAUCUGCUCUGUGUAUAACACAAAACUCUUAACGUACCCCACGCUUCACAGCCUUACUCUCUUUGUUCAGUGGGUUUCAGAUCCUGGAGUGUGUUUGAGAACUGAUGUAUAUAAAACUGAGAUAAUUGUCCUUCAGGAGGGUAAAGAGCGACUCUAAAUCGUUCCUCAAUGAAAGGAAUGACAUGUCUUAUCUGCUGUUUAUGGUCACCUCACAGCCAACUGUCUCUGAAGAAGAACACCAGGGAUGUGUUUUAUGCUUUUGGUUGUACAAAUGUUUAUAAAUUUUCUAACAUUUUAUAAUUACAGCCUCAUAAAUCUGCAGACAUCGGUCUGCUCCUGAAAGCUUGGUAGAUUUUUCACUUGAUUUUGUCUGUUCUUGAAUUCUUUAAAAUGUUUUGUAAAAAAAUAAACCUGUUCCUUUAAAAUCUAAAGAUUGAAAGCUC